AUGGCAUUAUUCACACCACCUAGUGAAGAUAAAGAUGGGCGCGACCGUUCUGGAGGCGGAGACAAAGCCUCAGGAGUGGUUCGAACGCCGUUCCACCUUAGACCAAGCUUGGGGUUGGCGCUUUGGGGGCCGCUGGUGCCUGCAUCAGAUAAUCGUGCCGGUUUGUGGACGCUUGUUGGCCUGCAGACGCUCAUGGGGGCCUUCUUCGUGAGCCGCUUCCGCGCGCUGCGGCCGAAGCUGCUAAAGCGUGAUAUCGCAGACUUCCCGAGCUUGAACCGGUUCUCGAAGACGUCUGGGGACAUGCAUGUGGGACCUGUGCACGUGUUCGCGGAUUUCGGGGGCACACACUCGUUCCACCGGCGUGCGGGGGAGAGUCCUGGGUUUUUCCAGAGCCGGCGCUUUGUGAGCCUGAAGCGCGCGCUGUACCUGAGCACCGGGGUGGUGCUGCUCGUGCAGUCUGCACUGGAAUCUGCACGGCUGACGCUCCUCGUUUAUGACCCAUGGGAGGAACAGGCGCGCGGCGUGCGCGACAAGCAGUUCUACAACGAUGUCGUGCGUUACUACCACGAGGGCGUGGAUCCUGCGCGCUUCAUUGUCAAGGACCCCGCAAGUGGCAAUACGCUACCGGUAAAUGUUCCGGAGGUGAAGCAGGGCGUUGCCCUCGCGCGCGCACACACUAACGCACGCAACAUCAUCACCCGUUGGCUCGGGCCUCUGGACUGCAAGCCCCUUUCUUCCUCCGAGUUCCUCGACAAGUUGGAACACUACCUCGACACCUGCGAUUUCAUCCAAGACAUGAACAACAAGCGUUUGUUCGGGAACCCCGCAGAGGUCAAGGCUCGCCAGAAGGCUCUCGAUGCGCUGAUUCAGGCCAAUAAGGAGAAUAGGCGCAGGAUCAGGCACAUACUUGACAUUACACCUCCCAGGGGUCUCCCGUUGUCUCCGAAGGCUGUCGACCAGGGACUACGGAGCAUUAUUUUGGAUCCCGACCACGAGUCCACCGAGGAUCUCGAUUUGCAUGAACUCUGGUCGAUUUACAACCCUUGGGUUGAUCUGGCCUUGGAUACCUCGUUAAGCAUUAAGUUUUUGCCCACUGUCCGGACGCCUGAAGAACUACUAGGCGAUUCAGAAGACACAGCAGUUGAGCAGAAAAACCCCCCAGUACAAAUAAAACGAGAAAGGGGUUAA